AUGACGAGGCGUGAUUCGUUCCGAAAGCCCAAGGGAAGCGGCCGCUCCCGCAGGAAUCGAGUGUCAGACCCAAACAUCUACCCCUACUCCUCUCACCCUCAAGGAACCGCUAUCCCCUCUUCAGCUCCUCGUCGAGCUUCUGUCGCGUCCUACACUACUCAGCCUUAUCCUCCUCGUCCAAACCCAAGCCGCGAUCCCCAGAAACAAGCCUACGCGAGCCAUCCUCCCCCUCCUCACCCUAGCUGUCCGAUCGAAUCCCACGGACCUUUCCUCAAAGGCGACGAGGACCUACGACUUAAGGCUCUCCAGCAUCCUGGUGGAACUACCACUAGUUUCACCGUCGUCAACAAGGACAAGCCUGGGGCAAACAAUACCUGCGCGCUCCUCCCCCUCCCCAACGGCGACAUCCUCUUCGAUGCCAACAACGAAACGAGCGCCAUCGCAGCCUACGACCGCGCCAAGGGGGCUUCUGGGAGCGGAAAGGUCCCCGGCAUCAUGUUUGCGCCCCCUUGCGACAUCAACGGCGCUGCCCUGGGUGAUGUCGACUGGAGCCGCAUGGUUCCUCGUCCAGCUGUCAAAGAGAUCAACGAGGCAGACGGCGGGUUCCGACUCUCUGAACUAAAGAGCUUUGUUCCCGAUAUCCCCGCUCCGCCAAAACGCAUGAGAAAGUACUAG